AUGUAUCGACCUCCACGAACGGCCCUUUCGGGUCUCGAACGAAGUCUACGCGCUGUUCGGACCUCUAGAUCGUACGCCUCAUCUUCGGAACCUGUUCUACGAACAGCCCUCUUCUUUCCUGGUCAUGGCGUCCAAAGGAAAGGCAUGACGAGACCUUGGGUGGAAGCUUUCCCCCGAACGUGUAAACCGUUUUUAGAAGAGAUGGAUGACAUUGUGCAUUGCAAGCUGUCCACUCUUAUCGACGAAGGCCCCAUCCUGCAGCUGGAUAAGACGGAAAAUGCCCAACCUGCAAUCAUGGCCGUAUCCAUCAUGAUCUUGAAGGUCCUCGAGCAAGAGUUUGGCUUCAAGACGGAGCAAGCGAUCGACGUCACGUUGGGACACAGCUUGGGAGAAUAUGCCGCAUUGGUCGCUGCGGGGAAUCUGGAGUAUGCAUAUGCUCUCGAUUUGGUCCGGAGACGCGGCGACGUCAUGGGAGAAUGCACACGAAAAGCAAAAGAGGAAUCGGGCGAGGAAUUCGGCAUGAUCGCCCUGGUUUGCGAGCAGGGACAGCUGGACUCGCUGAUCGCGGCCGUCAGAGAGUUCCUGAGCCAAGGCUCUGAAGGCGCAAAGGACGACUCCAGCGCUCUCCCAGCAUUCCAACAGAUCUCGAUUGCCAAUGUCAACUCCAAGAACCAAAUAGUGCUCAGCGGCAGCUUCCAGCGGAUACGGAAUCUGCUGGUCCACAUACGAGAAUUUGGCGGACAUGAUCCCCGAGCCGUUGAGUUGAAAUCAAGAUCAGCCUUUCACAGUCCGAUCAUGAUGCCGGCAUAUGAAUUCAUGAAAAAGGCCCUCACCCCGGAAAAGGUGACAUUUCCCGGCCGGGUCCCCUGCAUCAGUAAUGUCACUGCUAGGCCAUUUAGGUCGAAAGACGACCUCAUGCAGAACCUGGCGAGGCAAGCCGUCGACACGAUCCUCUGGUGGGAUUCUAUCAAGUAUCUGGAUCAGCAGGCUGGAUGUCGCCGCUGGCUUGGUGUGGGGCCUGGAAAGGUCGGGCGCAAUCUUGUAUCGAAAGAAGUUGGGCGUUCGUCAGCGAAAGGUGGAGGCGUCUGGUCCAUUACGGAACCGCAUGAGAUUGAAGAGACGCUGCGCGAUCUGGAAGCCACCGCGAAGGAGGAAGACAAGUGA